UAUAUGUAAAAUUCGUCAAAUUUUUUAAAAAAUUUGUUCAUAAUAUAUAAAUAAAAAUUGUACAUUUCUAGUGUAAAAUAUUUUAAAAAUAAAAUAAAUGAAAAGCAGAUGAAAUAAUGAGAAAUUUAUGAUUUCAGGUGAAGAAUGCCCAAGAAGGAAAGAAAGAGGAAACCGGAGGAAUAUUGCCAAAUGAAGCCAUUGCGGGACUGCCUGAACCAGAAUGAUGGCAAAAUAGAGAGAUGUGUAAAGGAGGUAGAGAUUUUCGAAAAAAGUUGUGACUCGGGGCGAAAGUAUUUUCAUUCCAGAGAGGGGCUGGACGACAGCAAGUCGGGACUUUUUUCGGGAAAACGCCACCUGUGACAAAGUUUAAUGUGUUUUAAUGUGUGUACUUGUUAGAGGUUUCCGGC